CGGAUCAGCCAGAGGCGCGUUAACGGGACUCAGCAGGAUUAGUUUAUUUUUCCAUUUCUACUUUAAAAUACAUAUUUUUUAUCACAUUUGGACUCAGCAGGAUUAGUUUAUUUUUCCAUUUCUACUUUAAAAUACAUAUUUUUUAUCACAUUUGGACUCAGCAGGAUUAGUUUAUUUUUCCAUUUCUACUUUAAAAUACGUAUUUUUAUCACAUUUGGACUCAUAUUUAUAAUAUCAAGUUUUUCUUGGAGUUGAGCGCGUAAAGACGCACGGCGGCGGCUCCAUGGCGCACAUGUGCCGGCAGAUGACCGGCAGCGCGGCGAGCUGCGCGGGAUGGGUCGGGGUCAUCGUCGCCACUGCAACGAACGACUGGGUUCGAACCUGCGACUACACGCUGGCCACCUGCGUGCGCAUGGACGAGCUGGGCUCACGGGGACUCUGGGCAGAGUGCGUCAUCUCACCCGCGCUCUACCACUGCCAGGCCUUCAGCCAGAUCCUCACGCUGCCAGCCUAUGUCCAGACGUCUCGUGCCCUCAUGAUCGUUGCGUGUCUGCUCGGCCUCCCCGCGAUGCUGCUCGUGUUGACCUCUAUGCCCUGCGUCAGGCUGCAGAACGACAGCUCAGCCAUCAAGCAGCGCCGAGCACAGGUGGGAGGAGUCUUCUUCAUCCUCAUGGCUAUAUGCGGCCUCAUAUCGACCGUCUGGUUCCCCAUCGGCGCUCACCAGGAGGAGGGCCUGAUGUCCUUUGGCUUCUCUCUGUACGCCGGCUGGGUAGGCUCCGCCCUCUGUCUCCUGGGCGGCGCCAUGAUCCUGUUCUGCCGCGGAAUCGACCCGGGGACCCCGAGACGGGACAACAGCUUCUACUACUCCCGGCAGGGGGGCACCGCCACGCCGCUGGACCCCCUCGCCAACCACGCCAAGAGCGCACGAGUGUAGAAGCCACGAGAUUCACUUUUCAUAAUAAAAAUCUCUUUUUUUGACAUUCUUUUGCUGAUUUAAAUAAUCUCAUUGGUCGAAUUUGUGACUUCUUUUUGCAGAUUUUACAUGAUUUUGAAAUACAAAAAAUGUUGCUUGUAUUUAAUAAAAAGCUCCUGUCUUUUUAUUUUACUUUAAAUAGCAUGAUUUAAAAAUGUUACCUGUAGUACAGCGAGUUCAAGUAGCUAAGUUUUAGAUAUUUCUGAUGUACCUUUUAGCUUCUUCAUAUUCACAGCAUAAUCAAUAUGUA